CCCGAUCGCGCCAGACGGACUCGGCAGCUCGGCGAAGCGGCGGCGCGGCGGCGGCGGCGACUCCGGGCUGGGCAUCGGCGCUGGGCUGGCCGGAGGCGGAGGCGGCCCGGUGGCGGCGGCUGCAGCGGGCCUCCUCGCCAUGUGCCCCUGCUCCCUGCCCGGCCGCCCCCCGGCCGCCUGCGUCUGCGCCGCCACCGCCACCAGCAGCAGCCCGGCCACCAGCAGCGACGGCGCCAGCCCGGCCAGGGCGCGCGUCUCGGCGGCGCAGCAAACCGCGGCGCGCCUCAAGGCGAUCGGCGAUGAGCUGCAAGCCAGGACGGCGCCCCGGGCCGCGCGGAGCCGCCGGGCUUCCGCCGCCGGCACCGGCCUGGCCACCUCCUUGGCGCUCCUGGCCGCCUUGGCCUGGCUGAGCCGCAGGGGGCGCGCGUAGGGCGGACGGAGCGGCGGCGCCUCGACGGGCGGCCGAGCGAGCGAGUCAGUGGCACCGGCGACAGGCUGAAGGAAGAUCUAGGUACUUGGGAAGUUCCCCCUGUUCCUGCAGGAUUACCGCGCCUGAACAGCGGAUGUGAAGAGUGGGGUAGAAGAAGGAGGAGAAGGAUGCUGGCAGAGUCCUGAGUGACGCGGACGGAGGGAGCUGCAGCGCGGUCUGGAAGUGGAACAGAGACCGGCGUCCGAACGUGCUUUUGUACAGAAGAAGAAUGUAAACCCUUCAGUGGUCAAACGUCCAUCCAUGCAUGCCUUGUACAGCAGAGGUCUGAGUGGCGUGUGAGUCGCUGGAUUAGUGGUUCCCUCCCGCACAGCUCCCCUUAGACGCAAGGUGUCGUUUCUCCUUUUCCCAUGGCAGAGUGGCAUUGUUCUUUGUUUAGCGUGCCCGGGAGCUCCUUUGAGCUGUUGUGGGCAUCAGCUGGUCAUGGGGUAGGGUUUGCGCAGCCCUGGAGAGAAGCAGUCUGUGUGUGCGCGUUUGUAUAUAUAUAUUAUAUAUAGAGAGAGGUGGAGUGUACAUAUCCAGUCUAAAGGUACAGGGAGGGUCAAAUAAGAGUUAACUAGACUCUUAACUAGUUAACUUUUUUCUUUGGUGCUACAGAUAAGAUUGGCUGGAGCUAAAGUGUCUCCUUGGUGCUAUUUUGUUUUUUAAAAUGAUUUUUGUCUAAAAUGUGGAACUGAGAGAUGUGUAUUUUGAUAAUUAAUAUUUAUAAGUAAGGGAAUGGUGGGGUUUUUUUGCCGCUAUUCCCAUCCUUUUCUGACGUUUGAUAGCUUUAUUUUAGCUUAGCCCCUAACCUGUUCAAACUGCACACUAAGGGUGUUUGUUGAAGGAUUACUUACUAAUAAUCCUGUAACAUCUGUUCGUCCCCCACUGGGCAAUGAAAUAAGAGUCUUUCUCACCCCUGCAGUGUAGGACACACAUAUGGGUAAAAGGGCAAUUCUAAUCCGUUUUUUUUCAAUUUUCGUAUCUGGAGAUGGGAAUCAUUUCUGGAUGGACACAGAGUUAUGAGGGCUGGUUUUGUGUAGGGCAAGGAAGGUUCUGUUCACCACAAACUAUGAGAACAGAAGAUUCCUCUGCUUGAGCAUUUCUGUUAGCGCCAGAGUGACCAAUGUGGUCCAUGCGAAAGCAGGCAGGAGACAAAGUGUCACCAUUUCACGUGUACAAAAUCUACAGUGUGCACAGCUGGUGGUUUACCAGAUGAGCACUUAAAAACCCGCAGCUGUACUAGAAAGAGAGGUUUUAGUAUUCGGUGUUAACAGAGGCUGGCUGACUUUUAAUUUCUAUAUGCCAGGAGUCUGAGUGCUUAAGGUGUAGAUUAAAACCCAAGGGUCAAAGUGGCACAUCUGUCUCUGAAGGUAUUGUGGGCUAUUUUGGCCAUCCGUUUUAGCAUCUCCAGUUAGCUCUGCAAACUGUUCCUUUCCCAAAUGACCGAAAAACAGCCAUUCACAUCUGUACUGGGCAGAUAAAUAAUUCUUGAAUUUGUAAAAGGUUCAUUGUGGACACAGUAGUUGUAAACCAAGCCAAUUCCACUGCCCACCUUUCGGUGGUGUUGAGCUUCGUAUCCUCAGAAAAAUGUUGUACAACGUCAAGAGUGCUUCUGAGCAUUCGGGGAGUGCUUUUCUUCAUCAUGAGCAACCUUACCCAGCUGCCACACCAUGUGGGACGAGGAAGGGUAGGGCAGCCAUGUUUGUGGCCUUACAUAUCUCGCUUAGAAACAAACCUCUAAAUUGCUACUGGGGAAUUCGAACGCAGGACACGCACAUCCAAAUUAUGUAACGGGUCUAAGGCCAAUUUCGCUUGCGCGAAUAUGUAUCCAUUGCCACAUGCAGUGCCUUCCAAAGGAACAUUGAUAUUGGAAAUGUUAAUGUGAUUUUUUUGAGCAAAACGUUUGUACUGAUUUUCUUGUAGGCAGCAGAGAGUAGCUGUUCAAGCCAGCUUUGCAAAAAAAUAUAUAUAAUAAUAAUAAUAAAAGGGGUGUGUGUACCUUAAGGCCUUUGUGUCUUAAGACCUUUGUGUCACCAACCUUAAUAGGAACCACAACAUGCUGUCUCUGCCUCGUGCUUUUCAGUAGCAUAGAUAUGUUUAGCGGACAACCUUCAUCUGCUGCAGCUUGGAUUUCAAUGUUUGUGGUGUUUAAAUCCUGUGCUGUCCACAGGUGGAACUGUAUCUUGGUCUUGGUUUCAAACGCUUCAUAAUAGGGAAGCGUUUGCAAGAAGAACAAAAGGGCUAGCUUCAGAGAGUGUGCAACCUUAUGUGAAUCCUUGGCGAGCCCCAUUGUGUGACCAAUAGUACACUUGAAAUACAUCUCUGCCGUGCGUGGGAUAAAGCUGUGGAUGAACCAGCCCUAGCAACUGCUUUUCAGAUUGGGAACUUCAAAUGGCAAGGCUGCUUGUAAAACGGCACGGAAUACAUUAAUAUCUUGCUCUUGGCAACAUGAAAAGGGCUUUUUUUGUUCUCGUUGCCAUCUUAAGGUGCCCGGUUUUCAUCAUCUGAAUUUCGUUUUUUGUUCUUUGCAGAAUUUUGAAUAUUUUGGCGAGGAGUGGGGGAGAGGGAGGGUGGGUAUAAAGUCCAUCAGCAUCCUCCCCCCAGACCGAAAAUAGGUCCCCAAGCCGAGUAUUUAGACUUUGCCAGCAUGCUUCCAAAUAUAAUCCCUGGAGGCUAGCUGUUUGCGGAGAGAGAAACAUUGCUGCGAUUCUCAUGAAUACGAUUUCUACAUGACUUCACCAACACAGUGCAGAACGUUGCACGUGUACGUUGGUGGAAGACAAGAUCAGCCGUAAAGCUGCAAAUACCAGACGCCUGGGGGAAGUGUGUGUGAGAAAGAAAGAACAGUGUAUGGCUGUGACCUUCCCAUCUUGCUUGGGGGCUUUCAGAAUGCAUUUUGUGGGGCUGCUGCUAAACUAGAUAGAUCCCUCAUGUUCAGAGGUAGUAUACCCCUGAAUAUCCACUGGCUGAGGAAUGUUGCCUUGCAGGGGUCUGCAACCUGCGCCUCUCCAGGUGUUCAUGGACUACAAUUCCCAUCAGCU